ACCCAUUUCGUGUUGUGUUGCUGAACGUUGCGGGAACGCUGGCAACAGGCGAACACGUGCGGCACUUCCCGCCUUCGCGACUUCCGUGGCGAGUUUCCGCGAAGCCUGUAACCCUCGCGAGUUUCGAAACUCUAAGGUCGACGCCCUAACCCGUGCCAAGCAACGCACUGCGAUAUCACUGGUAGUAGUAGGUGAGGAGGCUUCAUUAGCGCUGCCGACCGUGUCGUGUGACUCAAUUCCCAACCCUCGAGUUGUACUAUUAGUUGAUAACCGCCGCAAGUUACGGUGGUGACAGGACCGUGGGGUGGCGAACGGUGGCGGGUGGUGCAUGGGGCUGCGCGACUCACCGGCGGUACUCCGCCCUCAUGCCGCGGCUUCCCCGUCCGCGCGGGACCACGGGGACUCUGCCAGUGCGAGCUUUAGAGAAUGGGGAGGGCAAAGCGAGCACGGAGAGCGAGCACGGAGAGCGAGCACGGAGGGCCAGGAGGCUAGAGCGAGCACGGAGGGCCAGGAGGCUAGAGCGAGCACGGAGGGCCAGGAGACGGCACAGCCACCAUCGCCCGCAGCGAGCGGCGAGCAGGACUCGGAGGCGCAGCAGCAGGCGUACAGGGCGGAGGUGGAGCGAGCAACGGCGCAGGGCGAGCGGUACUACCUGCUGUCGUCUUCGAGGGACAUGUGCGUGGGGCAAGGGCACUGGUCGUGGUCGCAGCUGUGCUCCGCGGCGGAGGCGAAGGCGCUAGGGCGGACGGUGGUGCUGGUGACGGACCGGUGCCUGCACCAGGAGCACUCGGGGACUGGGCGAGAAGAGCACGGGCACGUGGGGCUGUACUACAACCUCACCGCCAUGGGGAGCCAGCAGCCCAUGGUGCUGAUGGAGCACUUUGUGGCGCGCUUUGGGCCGUGGGACAUGACGCCCAUGCGCAAGUUCCCCAUCGGGCCGAGCACGGGCGAGCUGUCAGUGGAGCGGGACGUGUUUCUGGUGGUGCGCGAGCCGCAGGAGGGGCAGUUUGGGUUUAUGGUUUGCUACAAGGAGCACAACCAGGACAACGUCACUGUUGACCCUGAGCUGCUAGUCCCCAAUGACGCCAUCGCCCGGCUCACGCACACCAUAGCAGACGCCAUGGGCGGGCAGCAGCGGUUUGACUACGUGCACGUGCGGCGCGGGGAUAAGACUGACCCCACGCACUGGCCGCACCUCGACCACGACACACGGCCCGAGGCCCUCCUACAGAAGCUACCGACCCUAAUCCCCCGGGGCAGCACCCUCUACAUUGCAACCAACGAGCGGGACCUGCAUUUCUUUGACCCGCUCAAGGCCGUCUACAUUGUGUACAGGGAGGAGGACUUCGCGGCCCUGUGGGGCGAGGGGUCUGCAUGGGAGGCUGACAUGCGGGGGUUGGCGGCGGCGGUGGGCGUGGCACGAGGCACACGGGUGGAGUUUGACAGCGAGAUGCGCGUGCUGGUGGACUACUCCCUCAAGAAGCUCGCCAGACGCACCGUGGAGACCUUCUACGACCUCACCAAUGACAACAGGGACGGGCCCAACUUGGCUCAUGGGAUCGGUCAAAACGCCUCCGCUACUUGAAGUAGAAAUGAAUACUGAAGUACCUCCAAUAUAGGCCUCAAAUUUGU